GGCCGAAAGACCAAAACAAACCCACUAAUCCACUAUCAUACAUAAGCAACCUCUUCGAUCAUUUCAUCCUCCAAGCCAAGAACAAACAGAUUGUCAGUGACUUCUACUCUUCUCCAAUCUUUAUCCUUGAUUCAAGAAACAUGACGAAAAGCACCUUCAAGCAAGCACACGAGUUUGAGAAGAGGCGUGCUGAGGCCUCGAGGAUUAGAGAGAAGUACCCAGAUAGAAUUCCAGUGAUUGUGGAGAAGGCAGAGAGAAGUGAUAUUCCCAACAUUGACAAGAAAAAAUACCUAGUACCAGCUGAUUUGACUGUUGGUCAAUUUGUCUAUGUCAUCCGCAAGAGAAUCAAACUGAGUGCGGAAAAGGCCAUCUUCAUAUUUGUGGACAAUGUCCUCCCACCUACAGGAGCAGUAAUGUCUACUAUCUAUGAUGAAAAGAAGGAUGGUGAUGGAUUUCUAUACGUUUCAUACAGUGGUGAAAACACAUUCGGGUAGCAGAUGGGAUGUCACCUGAUUUGUUUAUCAUCUUUAUAUUUAUCUCCAGUGUUCAGUUGUCUUGAACCAACAGCACUCUCCUUAAUUUAUAAACAUGGUUUGUUUCUCUGUACAGUAAGUUUGUGUAUAUAGCUUUUCUGCAAAAUAUAAGAUGACAUUGUAAUGAAUAAUUCCUUAUUCUCAAGUACUUUUCCCUCCAA